AUGGAGCACUCAAAUAUUUACAGACGACGAGGCUUCCAGAGUGGCAACAUCUUGGGCGACCCGUUUGCGCUGGCAACCACAUCAAUCGGUUUUCUUGCGUGGCUCAUCACCUUCGUCGGGUGCAUUAUCGGCCAGAUCCAAGAAACGCCAAACGACCCAUUCCCCAAGUUCUCUUGGUGGGCAAGCAUAUUCAGCCUCUUCUUGAUCAUUGGCGUUUUCUAUGUUGUCGGUAGCGACACGAUUCAGACCUACCAUGUAGCACUUACGGGAUAUUCUGCUGGAGGCAUGGUGCUGGUAACCUCAUCGGUCAACUCCCUGGUAUAUUCAAAGGACGCAGCACGAGAAGCUGCUGCUGCUGGCUUUAUCCUCCUUUCCAUGGUCGUGCUCGUCUGGACUUUAUACUUUGGAUCGACGCCCUCUGCUACACCCCGUGCAUUCCUCGACUCCUUCGCCCUCACCAAAGAAUCUGCUCAUAUGCAGCGACAAACCAUGAGCAAUUACGGCAGUGGCAUGGGCAUGGGCAUGGGCCGUCCUGAGACGUCCAAUUCUGUCCAACCACCGCAAAUGUAUACAUCUGCUCAGCUCAAUGGCUUCGAAAAUCCUUCACCUGUUGGCGGCGCCUCUCAGAUGGGUGGAGGUCGCGGCUCCCAGCUUCCUGGGUUUGGGCCAGCCCAGAUCAAGGUGACAGGCCCUGAUGCUCAAGUUAUCCCUCCCACCGAAUACCCCUAUCGAGCAAAGGCCAUCUACAGCUACAAAGCCGACCCCAAAGACGGCAACGAAAUUUCCUUUGAAUUGGACGACAUUCUUGAGGUGUCUGAUGUUAGCGGACGAUGGUGGCAAGCGCGAAACAAAGACGGACAGACUGGUAUUGCACCUAGCAACUAUCUCGAAUUGCUAUGA